GGCCCCGGAUCGGCUCCCCAGCGGGGCAGCACAGAGUGGGGGCGGGGCAGUCCGAGCGCCCGGUGGGGGCGGGGUGUAUAUGGCGGCGGCUCUGUCCGCCCUGCUCUCGCAAUCGGCCGCCGCCAGGUCCUACGGGGUCUUCUGCAAGGGGCUGACCAGGACCCUGCUCAUCUUCUUCGACUUGGCCUGGAAGCUCCGGAUCAACUUCCCCUAUCUCUACAUCGUGGCCUCCAUGAUGCUCAACGUCAGGCUGCAGGUUCAUAUUGAGAUCCAUUGACUUGUGACUUGCUGUGCUGCAACUAGGGUUAAUAAUAGUCUGUAUUGCUGUUUAACAAAAUGC